AUGGCAUUUAUCAACCUAGUACUCUGUAUCAUAUACUCACAAGAGAAGACCAAAGUGGUCGGACCAAAGCAGCUUAGUCCGAGACGACCCGAGCCAGCACAUGACAUCAUCCAGGAACUGCCGCCUAAGCUAACUCCAAUUCUUCCAACUUCCUCCAUUCCACCUUACCUCUAUCACCACAACACCCUCAAUUAA